AUGUGUUUAUUAUAGGAAGAAACUAAACUGAAGACUCUUGUAAGCACAAGCACUUUACACACAGAUUCCACCCUUAGUUUGUCUUCAGGACCUACUUCGGGAUACAACAGUAGUAACACAGCUACUUAUUCUACUAGUAUUCUUGGCAAACAAGCCCAGGUUUGUCCCGAAGAUGUGGAACCUUCAGCAGAAGAUGCAAGAGGCCGCUCAGCUAUUAGGAAUCAUCAGCUUUGCAUACUCAAACAACUGCGAAAGGGGUCUGCUAGUGAGGCUUUUCCCGUGACCUCUUCAUCUAUGGAGAGGAGCAGCCAUAAGUACUCUCAUAGCCUAAUUAUUUCACCCAGCAACUCCUUUUCAGCUUCUCCAGUGAAAGGAUAUGAGGAUCUGUCCAAACAUGUCUUGGCUAAUGCUACCGCUGAGGUUAUGGCAGUGUGUUCAAAUGACUUGAAAAACCUUUACAGUGGGCAGGCAACCGCUGGCUGGAAAUAUCAGUGCGCAGAGAAGAACGUGCUUGUUUAUUAUAAAGCCUUCUCAUCAUCUACAACUAAGCACGGGUUCUUGGGAGCAGGAGUGAUCAACCAGCCUCUUUCCACGGUAUUAUGUAUGUUGAAGGAUCCCAGUAAGCGACAUCUGUAUGACAAAACCAUUACCACUGCUCAGGUACAUAAGAAAAUAACCAGCAACAUUGAAUUGGUGUAUGUGGUGAGUGAUGUUUCCCUUUGUUACCAAAAGCAACCAAGAGAUUUCUGCUGCAUCUGUGUAGAAGCCAAAGAGGAAAAUAUGUACAUUUUAGCUCUUCAGUCUGUCUAUGAAGAGUCAAUGCCUCGCCCUUGUAAAGAAAUGGUACGAGGAGAGAUUUUGCCCAGUGCAUGGAUAUUAGAACCUGAUACUGCGAAUGGAAAAGACAUCACUAAAGUCAUAUAUAUGGUACAGGUUGACCUUGGUGCCCCAGCCAUUCCUGCAAGACUUCUGAAUUCUAUUGUAAAGCGACAACCUUUGGUAAUUGCUCAGCUUUCCCACUAUCUCACUGCUUAGAUGGUAUAAUACAUAGUAUUAACAAACUCAUCUGUUUCAGUAACAAAAUGUAAAUACCAGCAACAGCAGAACUUGUUUUCCAUUUGUUCUCCAAAACUGGUGGCAGGAAGAAAUACUCGCCAAACUACACAAAAUCACAAAUGGUUAUUCUGCAUUGCAGAUUGUUCUCAUUCAGUUAGAGAAAAAACCUUGAAUGAGAUUUCUUGUUUGAUCAUUUAGAGAAAAGGCAACCUUUACAGAUACAGUGGUCAAGAAUUUUUCCUUGUAAUCAUUUACUUGUACACAUUGGUGGUUUUACAUUGAAUUUUUCCUUCAGUCAGAUGAUUAUAGAAAGGCUUCUGGUGCAGUAAAACACAAAAGAAUUUUUUUAUUUUAAGGAGCACUUCACCUUGGAAGCUAAGCUAAGCUACUAUAAGGCUCUGCAGAGUGCCUGACCAAUGAAGAAUUCAUAGUAAUAACUCUCUACAAUAUUACUGGCUGGAGAAGCAACUAACUCUCAAGGGUGUGCUCACUUGUGAAGAUGUGAAAUGGUUAUUGCUUUCUCUCAGUCAGAAAUGCAACUCAGGAAGAGAGACAAUGUUCUGUUACAGGAUAUACUUUUUCAUUACUACAGAAUCACUCUACCAUAAGACUACAUGUUGAAAACCAGUAAGUUAACAGCACUAACACAAGUGCAAGUUUACUACAUAGCUCCAACUACACUCUGAAUGCUGGAUAGGGAUUUCUGUCACAGCAUCUCAUUCAGCAGAUAUCUUUUCAACUUUUCUUUUGUUGGAAGAGCGGCAGGAUCAAUGACAAUGAAAAUAAGCUUAAAACAGAGAAAGUCCACCAUGGCUUUACUCCAUGACUUUAUCAGGUUGAAAAUCAAACCUCUCCAUCUCAACUAGUCCUGUCAUGUCUACUUGCAUUCCCCAUGAGCUGCUUUAUAAAAUUACUUUUUUAUACUUACGCUCUUCAAUGUCUGUUUGUUUUUUUUUGGUAACAAAUUUGAUUGUAUAAAACAAACUGCAAACCACCAUUCAUAUAAUUACAUUCAUAGUGAACAAGCAUAGAAUUAACAUUCUCAUCCCACACUGUUGCUAUAGCAAUUAGUGUUUGAAAGUAGGUUUUAUUCAUGUGAAUGUGCACACUAUUUGAUUCAGGUUAUUUCUAAGAAUACAAUUCAAGUUAUAUAACCUUGUAUUACUGCUACCUAUUGCACCAUUUUCUGCCAGCCUGCUUUUAGUAAUUAGAAAUCUGCUAAUCCUGGAAAAAGACAAUGGCACAUUUCUCUACUGUUGUCAAUAAAAUGGUAUCGCUAGGCCUGCGUGGUCCCCAGGAGUCAAACUCAAUUUGAAGGUGACUUAUCCUCCCUUGAGCACUUAAGGUUUUACAUCCAAUCGUUACUUAGUACUGCUUACUGCCCCCAACUUAAUUGCAGCAUUUUAUGCAAUAAAGAUUACUAAGCGGUAUUGUUCCUGAAAAUGGAACUGAGCAUAUAAGAGAGAAAGGCAGGUUGUAAAAUAUCUCAUUGUUCCCAGAUAUUGUUGGAAGGCAACUAAGCUUAGGAAUUAUGGUAGCAUAAAACGGUAAGAAAUGACAAGAUUUCAGAAGCUGCACACAGACAGCAUGGUGUUUUCCAUGUCUUAUUUCUGCUGGACUAGGUAAAGAGAACCUCCCUUUCCCCACAAACAUGUGGAAAGUGCCUUCGACUCUUAAAUGGAACUGCUUGCACUUUUUUUUUUUUAAAACAAUAGUGUCUAAAACUAAUUCAGCUGGGGAGUGUGGGCAGCACAUGUGAAGCUACAUUUCAGUGCACACACUGACUUGGCUUUGUUAAAUAGAGAUCACCUUGGCGCUGUGCUUGUAGCUCACCCAUAAGCAUCAGAUGAUCCAAAUAAAGCACAGAUGUUGGCUGACAAAAUAAAUGUUGAUCUAUGUCAAGCAAUUGAUACAACUACAGAAAUCAUGUAUAGCAUCUGAAACACCAGCUUUGUUGUCCUUUGGGUUUUUUGAAGUGGGAGGGUGAGAAGAGUUUCAGUUCAUUAUCUACUCUACCAGAAAUCACAUAAUUCAAGAUGGGAAGCAGAUUUGAUUCUAGGAACUCAUUCCAAGAAUCACUGGCUACUUGUUUAUUUUUUCCAUUACUUUUUGAACAUAGCACCCUUAUUAAUGAAUCAAGCAAUUUUAGCAGGAACAUCUAAGAUGGACUUUUCUCAUAAUGCAGAUGUGCUUGUCAAAGGAUAAUGUCUUAUUGUACAGAGCAUCAGAUGUUUAUUUUUAUAACUGCAUACAACUCUUUACUUCUAUGUUUACAAAUUAAGUUAUUUAUAUAUACUUAUUUUGAAAUGGUUUUAUAUGCUGAAGCUAAUUAUUAUUUUUACAGUUAUUCAAUUAAUGUAUGCUUUUUAGAAAUAAUUGUUACAUUAAAAUACUAUUUAUAAAAUAAUUUUUGCACUUAUAACACUAUGGUACCUGUGAAUGCCUGGGAUAGGAAGAAUAGUCUUAAAAUGGGGCAAAACCUUUUACUGAAUGUGAGAAAAUAUACUACUUUAUUGAAACAUACCUUUAGCCCAUACCUGCUUUUAACCAAGAUUGCUAUUUUCAUAUCCUCACAAUAAAUUUUUAUAUAUAGAAAAUGGCUAAAAGUGGCAUCUUUCUUGCUGAAUUCUUUUCUCUACCCUCCCCCCUGUAAAAUAAAUUUUACUAUUUUACAUUGUCAGAGUGAAUAACUGAAGCCAUAGGUUUUACACACA